AUGACCCUUUCCCCUUUCGUACACAGCCGUGAAUCAUACGCCAGUCACUGGGAUAGGAUGAAGGGAGACGGCAAUAUGGCGGCUCCAUUGGCCUGCAUCGAAGACGACGUGGAACAAGGUGAACUGAACAACGAUGAGUGGCAAGAUUUCCAUGACUUCCGUACAUCUACCGAUGUUUUAAAUUCAAAUGAACAGUCACCGAACUAUUUUGAUCACGCCAAGGAAGAAAUCAGCGUUGAUAAUUUCGAGGAAAUGCGUUCGUUUUCAAUCGAAGAUCUUGUCAACAAUUUCGACGAGAAUCUAGCCAAAUGUUUUCGUAAUUACAACGAGAAGACAGAGGAAAUCGCUCCUGUUCAAAUUGUGACACAAGAAGAGAUAAUGAAAAACUCGCAAAUAUGGCAACAAGUAACAGGGAAGUAUGGCAAUGUUAUGCCACUAGACUGGAAAAAAUCACAUGCAAGAAAGCUACAAAUGCCAGUGCUUAAUCUUAAUGACAAUAAG